UCGGGGGGCUCAGCCCCGACAUCACAGAGCAGGGAAUGGCCCGUCUCUGACGUCACAGAGCAGCGAAUGGGCCGGUCCCGACGUCACAGAGCAGGGAACGGGCCCGUCCCUGACGUCACAGGGCCGGUCCCGACGUCACAGAGCAAGGAACGUGGCGGUCCCGACGUCACAGAGCCGGGAACGGGCGGGUGCCGACGUCACAGAGCAGGGAAGGAGCCGGUCCCGGGACGCUCCGACGUAUGGCCCGCGCCUCGGGCCCGGCCCCGGCCUCGCGGGCGCUCCUGGCUGCUCUCCCGGGGGAGCCCGGGGCGGCCCCUCGCCACGUGCGCCCCUUCCAGGGCCCGGGCCCGGGCCCGCCCCGCAGGGAGCCGAGGGGCUGUGCCUCCCGCGGCCGGCGGCUGAAGCGCGGAGCGGGCUAUGGGCAGCGGCAGCAGCCGGCGGAGGAGCCGCGGCGGCGCCCCCGGGAGCCCGGGCCGGGCCGGCGGGAGCCCGGCGGCGGCCGGGGCCGGGGGCGGCAGUCCCGGCGCGCAGGACUCGGCGGCGGAGGACGCGGACUGGCGGCUGCUGCAGGAGGUGCUCGCGGAGUGCGAGGAGGCGGCCGCGCCCGCCCCGCCCGCGGCCCAGCCGUUUUCCUUGAUGCAAUAGAUGAACAGUCAGUAGAUGCCUACAUACUCCAAAAAACAUUUCUCUUGAGAAAUAAGUGCUGUCGCUGGAAGAUCCUCAUAGAGGCCCUAACAAGAAGCACACCAGACCGAGAGAAAAGCAACUUCACCAAUGAGCAAUCAUCCCCCCCUUCAUUAGUUUUCAGUUCAGUCCUGCUUGUUCAUUGGAUGUGAGCAUGUGAAUUUUUUAAGUUGACAAUGUCCAGUCCAGCACAACAAGAAGCCUGAGGGGCAGUCCACGAUAUCGUAUGAUUACUCUGAAGAAGAGCUCAUGGCGAGUAUUGAGCGGGAAUACUGCCGCUGAAACCCAGUGCUGUGAACAAAUUUCUAGGCCAUAUAUGGAGCAAGACCACUGUUGAAGGGGAAAAGGCAAGUGUUAUAUGAGGGAGUAUAUUACCUCUCAGGGUGCUGGCAGUGUGGUAUGACUUUGAAGCCAGUGAAUAAGUUAUCUCUGGCACGCACUGGGCAAGAUAGCCAUUCAUGAAGAAACUUCACUGACUGCUGAACAAAAGCAAUGCAGUGGGAAAAACCAAGGUCUCAUUAUUUUCAUUUUCCAAACUAAUACUUAAAAGCCUUUUCCAACUAGUAUGUGUGUGUGAAGACUUGCUGCAUUUUAAAGAAUGAGAUGUCCCUUUCUGAGAGACUAAUUUUCCAAAAGAUUCAGCAAAUCAUUUGGUUGCAUCUGGUAAGACAUUGUAGAACCUUUACCUACACCAUCAUUGAAGAGUUGUGGGAUAAAUUCACUCCUAACGCAUGCAAUUUGCAGUAAUUGCAUGUGGUCUAAAUUUAACCCAACAUUUUUUCAAUGUUCUCCAACACACACCCUCUCCUCCUUCCCCUCUGCCUAUUCUCCCCCCGACCACACACACACAAGGAAGAAAUAAAUCAUCCAAAAUGUAAAGAUUCAAAUUGCACUGUUUAAGUGGGUGAGGCACUGACAUCAAAUAAUAGGUGUGGGACUUGUUCUAAUUGUGGACAUCUCCCUGGCUCCUUCUGCUAGCUCCAUUCUUCUGAAUGGGUACAGGUCUGAAAUAGUCAUGAAUCCUGUUUCUUGAAAGGGCAAGAUUCUUGUCUACCUUCUUACCGACUGCUCACGGAAACAGAACCUACAUGGAAAGCAGAAAAUUGUGACACGCCUGAAUUCAGUACUUCAUCUUUGCUGCUGUUGGGACAGCCACUUUGAGAAGGGAUUUAAUGUUAUGUAGGACCUUAGUUCACAAAUCAUUGCUUCUUCAUUGGAAUUAAUUGCUACUGGUUUAUAUGUGAUUUUGUCACUAUGCUUAAUCUACAAGGAAAAAACACAUUUCUUACUGAAGACUGAAACGUAAAACAAAAAAACCUAAAUAGCCAAAGAUUCACAGGCUUUCAAUGCUUAUAGACAAUGAAUCCUUAUAUUUUUAAGGUUUGUGCCUGCAUUUUUGCUGGACUGUAAUACGAUACAAAUGUUUAAUGUCAGAAGUAGAAAAAUACCUUAUUUCUUUCCUCUGAUGAUAUAUAAAAUAUGCCAGAUGAAAUCUCAAGGAGAAUAAGGCAAACUGAUGACAUAAAUGCUAAUGGAAACAGUGGGAUACACCUUAGGAUGUUAAGGUUUGACCUUGCCUUUGUGCUUGCAUAUAAUAUUUGUGAGAUAGAAACAAAUAUAUCCAUGUUUCACAUACCCAUUAAUAAAGGAAAAAAUGUU